UGUGGAGAUCAGAGGACAACUUGUGGGAGUCAAUUCCCUUCUUCCACCACAUGUUCCUGAGAUCAAACUCCCAUUGUUAGGCUUGGUGUCUGGUGCCUUCACUUGCUGAGCCAUCUUGCUGGCCUUCCAGCUUAUUUUUUAAGGCAGUCUAAUAACCUAGAGCUCACCCGCUCCACUAGUCUGCUUGGCCAGUGGGCUUCAGCGAUCCUCCUGUCUCUACCUGCUGCUUCCCCAAGCACUGAGGCUACAGACUCACAGGCAGCUAUCCCUGGCUUUUAUGUGGAUACUGGGGAUCAAAACAAUAGUUUGCUCACUGAACCGUCUUCCAGCCUAGUUUUGAAUUUCAGUAUUGACAAACUGUUCUGUAGAAGGGUUCAAUGUAUAUUCCCACCAGUAUUUAAGACCUUUGGUUUUUUUGGUACUGGCUUUGAGUCUCAGUGUUGCUUGUUGUUUGCAUUCACAUUCGUGUAAUGAUGAGUUGAGCCUCUAUUUAGACUCUUCCAAGAAGACAUAGUGUUCAGCUGUUGGAUGUGACUUAGGUAUGUGACUCAGAUCAUGAUCACUCCUCCUAGGGACUCACCUCCCCGAGGUAACGUCAGAAAAACUCCCAGUCCCUCAUUCCUCCUCCCCCACCCCAGUUCCAUGUAAGCAAUGCUUCACCUUCAAAAAUUACAUGUAUACACAUAUAUGUGAGUUCAUGAAUAUGUCCAUGCCAAGGAGAGGGCACAGAGACUAAUGGGGUUAAUUCUUUCAGCUUUCUGUGGGUUCUUGGGAUCAGACUGGUUCUUAGGGUUGUAUGGCAAAAGUUACCUGUCACACCAUCAACCGAAGGUGCGUGUUCUCUCUCAACAGGGUUUCACUGUGUAAUAGCUGUGGCUGUCCUAGAGCUCACUUGUAGACCAGGCUGGCCUUGAACUCACAUAGCUCCUCCUGCCUCUGCCUCCUGAGUGCCAGGAUUAAAGGCACGCACCACCACCACUAGCUUCAUGCUUCACGUUCUUAACCUCACUUGUGGCCUGUGUGUCAGCAGGGAUCCUGAUAGCUAAUGUCAGAAGAAAGUGACUCUCUGAGAACCAGCCCCUCUGUGGCCUCACUCUCCGAAAAUGAGCUGCCACUGCCUCCGCCGGACCCUCCCGGCUAUGUGUGCUCACUGACAGAAGACUUGGUCACCAAAGCCAGGGAAGAGCUUCAGGAGAAGCCUGAGUGGAGACUCCGGGAUGUGCAGGCCCUUCGAGACAUGGUGCGGAAGGAAUACCCAUACCUGAGUACCUCACUGGACGAUGCCUUCCUGUUGCGCUUUCUGAGGGCCCGAAAGUUUGAUUAUGACCGGGCCCUGCAGCUGCUGGUCAACUACCAUGGCUGCAGGCGGAGCUGGCCAGAGGUCUUCAGCAACCUGAGGCCAUCAGCACUGAAAGACGUUCUCAACUCUGGAUUCCUCACAGUGCUGCCCCACACGGACCCCAGGGGCUGCCAUGUCCUCUGCAUCCGACCAGACAGAUGGAUACCGAGCAACUACCCGAUUACCGAGAACAUCCGAGCCGUAUACUUGACAUUAGAAAAACUCAUUCAGUCCGAGGAGACCCAGGUGAACGGGAUUGUAAUCCUGGCCGACUACAAGGGAGUGAGCUUAUCGAAAGCAUCUCACUUUGGGCCUUUUAUAGCCAAAAAGGUGAUUGGCAUCCUUCAGGAUGGCUUCCCCAUUCGGAUAAAAGCAGUUCACAUAGUGAACGAACCUCGGAUAUUUAAGGGCAUUUUUGCCAUCAUAAAACCAUUUCUGAAGGAGAAAAUUGCAAACAGGUUCUUCCUCCAUGGGUCUGACCUGAACUCUCUCCACACAAACCUUCCACGGAAUAUCCUCCCCAAGGAGUAUGGGGGCACAGCUGGAGAGCUGGACACUGCCUCCUGGAACGCGGUGCUGCUGGCCUCGGAGGAGGAUUUUGUGAAAGAGUUCUGCCAGCCUAUGCCUGCCUGCGACAGUCUCCUGGGCCAGCCCCUGCUACCUGAAGGGCUGAUCUCAGAUGCACAGUGUGAUGACUCCAUGCGAGCAGUGAAGUCCCAGCUCUACUCCUGCUAUUAGGACUCUUCUGGGAGUCACCAUGUGUACUUCCUUCCUCCCUUCCUUAGAAAUGCACAGGCUGAAGAUGUCAGGACCUUGCUCCACUGUGCAGCUGCUUCAGCUUAAAUCUCCUGUAGAGAUUUAAGGAGUGCCCAUCACAGGCAGACCUUUGACUACCUGGGUUUUUUCAGAGAAGACAUGGAAAUUGCCCUGGUGAUUCCCAGAUGUUUGUACUCUUAAGUUUGCAACUAUUACUCUGGAAGCUCUAUCUGUCUCUUAUGCAUCUUGGAAAGAACUAGGGUCAAAGUCACUCUGAAGUGACCAGGAGAAGACAAUUUGACUGAUCAGGACUCUGAAACAAUUAUUAAUCCUGAAAGGUGGCCACAUGUGAAACUUGAGUCUCUUUCCCAUAAACCCUAGGUGUUGACCUCUGCUGCUCAUCAGCAAAGUUCAAGGUUCCGGCCCCAGUUGUCACUGCUGGGCCUAGGAAGCACUGUUAACUGAGUGGUAAACCCCAGGCCCGGGCAGUACUUAAAGAUCAAAUUUGGAAGCCAGAGGCCUCAAAGCAUCCCUGGAAUUCCAGGGUUAAAUCUUGCAAUAGAAACUUUUCCCAAACCCGUAAAGCCUUAGCCAUGGACUCACACAAGUCAACAUAAAAUACUGGAUUCAAGGACUGUGGCUAAAGCAUUUGGACUAGGAGUCAGGUGUGUGACUGCACAGACCAUUUGCUGCUGAGUUUCUGCUAUUUGGUUUAGCUCCUGGCCCCCUAGACACCUGAAAAGACCCAUGAUGGCUCCCAGCAGCCUUGAUGGGAGAGUCUUUUUUUUUUUUUUUUUUUUU